UCUCUGUGUGUGUGUGUGUGCUUGUCUGUGAUUGUGUUUGUGUGCGUUUGUGUACAACAAGAAUAACAACAAAAACUGUGCAAGGAUCAACGACAACGCCGCCGUCGCAGUCGCCGUCAGGGUAGUUUGUUUGAACAAAGCCCAAAGCCAAACGAGGAGACGGGUGGAGAGAGACGCGUGCUCUCUUCUCUUUUGUGCGCUUUUGCCGCCUGGAAUGUGCUGCAGCCCAACAAACGAAAACAACUGCAAGAGCAAUUGCAGGAACAACAACGACAGCGGGCGACCGUAACGAGCACACACUCUCAGUUACACACACACACACACACACACACUCAGACCGGGUGCCGGCUGAAAGGGGGAGGAAACGCUGUUUAAUUGUUUGCAGGAUUCUUUUGAAGCGCCCGCUGCUGUUGGUGCUGCUGCUGCAGCUGGAAGUUGACUGCAUUUGGGCAAAUAGAUUCAAGAACCGCGCUGCCAAAGCUCUGGUUGGAAGUGAGCCGAAUGUGAACCGAAAAAAAAAUGUCGAUAAAACGCAAAAAUAAUAAGCUAAGAGAGAAAUUCAUUUUCUUGGUCUUGCCGGCCAUCGAGAAGUGAAAAGCAAAGCAAUCCGCAAAGUUAAAAAAACCUAAAAAAAAAAAAAAAAAAAAAAAAAAAAAAAAAAAAAAAACGCUGCGCGAACUCAAAAGCUAACGAAAACGAAUUCGAUCGAUUUGCAUUGACACAUUUAGUUUGAAAUAGGACCCGCAAAUAAUCCGGAGACGAAGACAAAAACGGAAAUGGAUCUCAGUCUUGAACGCGACAGCUCUGCGCUGGGCAGUUUGUUCCAACAGAUCAUAAAUGACAUGAAGAACACAUCGCCACUGUGGGAGGACUUUGUGGCCAAGGCGAGUAAACUCCACACAUGCCUGCGCGCUGCGAUUCAGGCAAUUGCCGCCUAUUUGGAUGCCUUCCAAAAGAUCGCCGAUGCGGCCACCAAUUCCAGAGGUGCAUCCAAGGAGAUUGGCACCGCUUUGACGCGGGUCUGCCUGCGCCACAAGGCGGUCGAGACGCGCCUGAAGACGUUCACGAGCGCCAUUAUGGAUUGCCUGGUGCAGCCGCUGCAGGACAAGAUCGAGGACUGGAAGCGCACAGUGGCCACCAUUGACAAGGAUCAUGCCAAAGAGUACAAGCGCUGCCGCAGCGAGCUUAAAAAGCGCUCCAGCGACACCCUGCGGCUGCAGAAGAAGGCGCGCAAGGGCCAGACGGACAACAGCCUGCAAUCGUUGAUGGACUCGCACAUGCAGGACGUGACGCUGCGUCGCGCCGAGCUCGAAGAGGUCGAGAAGAAGUCGCUGCGUGCCGCCAUGGUCGAGGAGCGGCUGCGCUUCUGUAGCUUUGUGCACAUGCUGCAGCCGGUGGUGCACGAGGAAUGCGAAGUCAUGUCCGAGCUGGGCCAUCUGCAGGAGGCCAUGGAGUCCAUUGCACUGGUCACCAAGGAGCCGAGUGUGCUGCCUCAGGCCUCGGAGGAGCUCAUACACGAUGCCAAGGCCAGCAUUAAUCUAUAUCCCGAGUCACCGGGCGGCGGCUCUGGCUCCCAGGGUGGCGGCUGCUCCAAUUCGCUCGGUUCACGCAAGAGCUCCGUCUGCUCCAUUAGCAGCAUGAACAGCAGCGGCUCCAGCAACUCGCCGGGUCAUCAUCACUAUCAGCGCUCGCUGUCGCAGUUUGUAACGCCCGCAAUUCGCUUGAAACCUGGUGAAUCCAGUGAUAGUGGCUUUUGCUCAUCGCCAGCGCUAACAACACAGGCAUCGACUGCAACAAAUCAGACGCAUGCCGUCUCCACUUGGCCGCCACAUUCCCAGGACGUUGUGGACACAUUGCCGCCGACUGCCGAUCGUCCGCACACGAUUUCCACAACCUACGAGAAGGGCCAUCAGCGUCCGCCGCUAACUGUUUACACGUUCCAGAAUCCCGAGACCAUACACGAGUCCAGCAGCAGCGGCAGCCUCAUAGCCGGUGCUCCCGGUCCCACUGCAUCUGCUCCCGGUGCUGCGGCUCUGCCCAACAGCAGCUCCUCCUCCGCCUCGGGCCAAACCACGCCGGCGCCACAGAAAUCCCCAGCCGCCUCGCUCAGUCGUCCGCCGUUGCCAGUUAAGCCGGCACAUGUGCGCUGCUCGUCGCUGGAACGCCCGCUGUCGGCGCAGAGCAAUCAUCGCCAGAACAGUGGACAGAACUUGCUGCAGCGCCAGUGCCCCUCACCGAUACCGGCUCAUAUCACGAAAGAGCUGUCCGCCGCACAUCAUGCACAGCAACAGCAGCAACAGCAAACACAGCAGCAACAAACCACGCCCACCUAUGUUAAUAUGUCCGAACUGGCGGCUAUGAAACUAACCAACCAGCAGCAACAGCAGCAAUCACAGCAGCAAUCGCAACAGCAGCAGCAACAAAAGCCAGCAACACCUUUGUUGCAGCAGCAGAGCAGCAUUGAUUCGAUAUGUUCGCAGCACUCGAAUGACUCGUCGACAGGCUCGCUACAGCAGCAACUGUUGCAGCAUCAGCAGCAGCAGCAAUCGCACAUGAAUCAUCAGCCAACAGGAUUAGGCACACGCUCCCAUUCCAUAUCCUCGUCGGUGUCCUCGAACACGGCCUCCUCGUUGCACUCGCAUCCAUCCAUUGACUCGGCUGCUGCUGCUUCGCUGGUGGGCACAGCUGGUGGUGGUGGUAGUUGCCACACUAAUACCAAUACCAAUACAAGCACCACAACGCCAUCCAGCGGCUGUUCAACGCCACAGAAUCACUAUUCACCACUGUUAACCAACUCACCCACGUCCACUGCCGCAGGUACACCCAGCGGCGGCAGCAUUGCCAGCGGCCUCGGCUUUGUCUAUCAGAUCAGCUCACCGACGCCGCCCGUCUCCGCCAGCGAAGUGCUCAAGAUCACCGAACCGUCGCCGCCGGCUGCAGCUGUCCAAGAUUCCGGCGAUACCGAUGAACGUUCGCGUGCCUCCGUUUUGCAGAAGGCCUCCAUGUUUGAGAAGCAGGCAGCCGCUGCCGCUGCACCAGCGCCUGUGCCUGUGCCGCCAGUUGCCUCCAGUGGCCGGCGUUCCGAGGAGCUGCGCGCGGUGGAACAACAGGAAAUGGACAAAUCUUUCGAAGAUUCGAUACAAGCAUUAAAUAAUUUAAUUGGCGAAUUAGACUCCUUUCAACGUGAGAUCGAUGAGGGCAAGGGCAAGCAGCACAGCAGCAACAACAUCAACAACAACAACAACAACAGUAGCAGCAGCAACAGCAGCAACGAGAACAACAACAGCAACGAUCUGCUAAUGUUGCCUAGCAACAACAUCGACUGCUGUGCGAUCAGCAAUCAAACAAAUUCAAGCGGCUGCGGCACAGACAUCUCGGACACCACCUCCGAGGAGCUGGGCGGCGGCAUCGAUGGCCAAUUGGCCGCGGAACGACGGCAUCAGCAAUUGAAUGCCUCGGACUCGGAGCUGAGUCGCUGUUAUGUGAGCGAGACGAGCUCGCUGACCGGCGGCAUAUUGGCCGGCGGCUAUGAGAAUCCGACAUUCGCGCACUUUGCCAAUCGGGAAGAGCAGCCGGAUACAGGUCGCAGCCACUUUGCCAGCGACAGCGUCUCGCUGACCGCCUCGGACAGCGUGUGCGUGGGCCAGCCGCGGCACGCCUAUGUGGACACGUGCAGCGACGACGGCAGCGCCGUGGUCGUCAUCUACGAUCACCAGAUACCCAAUACGCCGGACAUUGAGUUUGUGAAACAGAACUCGGAAAUUGUGCUAUUGCGCACCAAAGAUCCGCAGCAAUUGAAGCUGCACGAGAUGCGUGAACUGCAACAGCUGCCGGACAAUCUGACGGGCUCACCAGAGUCGCCGGAUGGCAGCUCGGCGGGCGCCAGUCUACAGAAGCCAGCGGCAACGGCAACCGUGGCGCCCGCCAAGCAGCGACUCUCCUCGUUUCGCGCCUCCAGCGAGCAGCAGCUUCAGCUGCUCGGACGCGCCAGCAGUCCGCACAGAGGUACGGAAAAGAUUAGGGUUAGCCCAGAGCAGCAGCAGCAGCAGCAGCAGCAGCAGCAAUUAGCGAGUGAUACAGCAGCAACAGUUGCUGGUGCGUUGCGGCGCAAGCUGCCGCCAAAGCCGAUUAGCCUCAGCAUAUUCAAUGGGCCCGUGCCCGAGCCGGGCAACACCAUUAAGCCAGUGAUACCUAGAAAGUUUGACUUUAAGGCUGACUUAGAUGAAAAAAUACGCAAGCAGAAACUAAAAGUGCAGCAGCAAUUGCAGCAGCAGCAGCAGCAACAGCAACAACCACACUCACCACAGUCGCCCCAAACAACAACAACUACAAGCACAACAACAACAACAACAACAACAGCAACAGCAAACUGUAAUGUCACUAAUAUACCUGCUGUUUUUGCAUCCGCAUGCGCAUCGAACAACUCAAAUCAUAGAAUGCCAAACCACACAGCAGCAACAUCUAAUCAUGCGCCAUACAAAACGCCCAACACAGCAACAACAACAACAACAUCAGCAUCAACAUCACCUGGGGCCAAGUUGUCAUUGCCAUUAUCAUCAUCAUCAUCAGCAUCAUCAUCAUCUGCAUCUGCAUCAUUGUCAUUAUCAUCAUUAUCCGCCCCAGCAGCAGCAACAGCAGCAUCGCCACCUCAGCCGCCCAAUGUGCCCGCCAAACCCGCACCACCACCGCCCAAUUCAUAUGCGUGCUCCACUGUCAAUGCCAAUGCCAAUGCCAAUGCCAAUGCCAACAAUCCCCAUGCUACUGUCAAGCCAUGCAUAACGCCCAGGCCGGCAUCGUUGUCGGGAGGAGUAGGAGCAGGAGGUGGCUCAACGCGCAUCGCACGGCGUGCUUCCAUUAACCAGGCCAAGCCGCCGCCGCCAGUGCGGCGCAGCUCGUCGGUGACGCCCAGUCCCAAUAAUGGGCUGCAACUGCAACAGCAACAGCAGCAGUACGGCAACAACUCAUGCGAGCACCUGCCACCGCCGCCCGCUUACCUACUGGAAGCGUACUCCACAUCGCCCACACCUCCGCCGCCGGCCUCCAUGCCCAGCUCGGCGCUCAAGGUGUCGGAGACGGUGCGUGCCUUGGCAGCCAUGCGGCAUCAGCCUGCCUCGCCCGUUGCGCUGCGACGCAUCCAACAGCAGCAGCAACUGCAGCAGCAACAUCCUUCACAGCAGCAACAUCCUUCACAGCAGCUCGUGCACAAGCCUAUUCCUAGCAUUGAAGCUGACUAUGAAGCUUACUAUAAUAGCUAUAUGGAGCUGCAUGCCUAUGCUCAAGCCACGCCAUCCAACCAGCCGCAGCAGCAGCAACAACGCUUCAUGCAGCAGCAACAUCUUCAUCAGCAACAUCAUCAGCAGCAGCAACAGCUGCCUCCAACGCCGCCUCCAUAUCAGGCACCACCUCAGUUAGAUGCCUCGUACCGCACCUCAUCGCCUGGCGCCGGCGGCGGCAUCUACGCGCAGCCCAAAUUGGUUAGCAACAUGUCCAGCUUUCGCAGCAGCAGCCCCAGCCCGAACGGGCAUGCGCACCCACUGCCGCCCACACAGCCCAAGGCGAAUCCGAACCUAAUCGCACAGCUCAAUGCACGACUCAACAGCAAACAGCAGCAACAGCAACAGCAGCAGCAACAGCAGCAACAUGUUGCCGAGGGCAUUUACGGCAACGCGAGCAGCGAGUCCAUCUACCUGCGCAGCGGUUUGUCCAUGACACAGCAGCAGCAGCAGCAACACCACGACGCUGCGCAAACAGCAAACAUGCGACAACAGCAACAGCAACAGUUGCAGCAGCAGCAGCAGCAGCAGCAACAACAACAUUAUACUUGCCCACCGCCGCUUGAGGAUCCGCCACCGCCGCCCAUUUAUUCAGCGACCAUGCCCAAAAAAAUGGCACGCGCACAUGUUGCACACGGCAACAGCAGCAGCAGCAGCAAUCAUGUAAUGGGCGCCUAUGCUGCAGCUGCAAACAGCGCUACGCUGCCCAAAAAUAUAUUGCAACAGCAGCGUUUACAGCAGCAACAGCAGCGCUUGCAGCAGCAGCAACAGUAUCAACAGCCCACAGGCAUUGGCGUUGGCAAUGGACAUGCUAGUCAGCGACCAGCAAUGCCGCUGCCCCAGCAACAACAACAACAACAACAACAACAGCAGCAGCAGCAGCGACAGCCACCAAUACCGUCGCGUCAUUCCAGCGUGCAGCAAAAGAUAUUCGUUUCGACGAAUCCGUUUAUACAGACCACAGCUGUCAAGUUUCAUACGCCAUCGUCCUCGGUGCACUCAACGCCCGCUGCGUCGCCCACCUGCGGCUCGCCCGCGGCAACGGCAACCUUUGCCAGCAUUUAUGGCACAACGGGACGUGGCGGCAGCGCACAGCAAUACCAGCAACAGCAGCAACAUCUGCAACAACAACAACAGCAGCAACAUCUGCAACAGCAGCAACAGCAUUAUUAUCGCGAUGUUGCUGGCAGCAACAGCAAUGGCGGCGGUGUUUACUAUGCUGCCCACAACAAUGCCCAUGGCCACGCCCAUGCCCAUGGGCAUGGGCACGCCCAUUCGCACGCCCACAUGCCUCAUGUCCAGGCACAUCAUUCAAACUAUGCCACAAGCACCAAUAUCGAAAAGACUGGCAGCAUACGUGCCAAGACCAAGGCUGAAUUUCUCGAGAAUCUCAAUGCAAAGCUGGCCAAACAGGGCAUGUCCGGCCGUGCAUUUGCCGUGCGAAAUCUGAUCAAUAGCAAGGCUUUGCCGGAUCCGCGCAUUUGUCACGAGUCGCUAAUGGAUCAAAUAAAGCGGGGGGCGACUUUGAAGCGCAAUCAAAAGAUCAACGAUCGCAGCGCGCCCAAAAUACAUUAAUCUAUUAAUGUUUCAAUUAAACUAGAAUGCGAAUAUUAUUUAUUUUUAUGAGGCGGCGUCGCCUGCUCGAUUGCAGGCUUACGCAGAGUUUAGUUUGAAACUAAGAAACUCGAGUAAAUACAAUAUAACUAAACACACACACACACGUACUCACACAUAUGAUAAAAGAUAUAUGAUAACUGAUAAAUACGCGUAUACAAUAUAUAUAUAUAUACAUAAAUUAACAGCUAUAAACACAUAAAUAUAAUUAAUUCGAAAGAAAGGGGUUCUUCAAAAAUCUCUAGUUACAAAUUUGAUUCAAAUUGGCAUUUCUCUUAAUUUCCUAUAAACAUAUAUACCUAAACAUAUAUAUACUACACAUCUAUUCAGAUUUAUGAAAGUUAUGCUUUUUGUUAAGUUAACAAAAAAAAAAAAAAAACUGGAAGACAAUUGAAGUUGAAUGUUGUAUGAAAAGUUUCAUGGAUUAUUUAUAAUUUAAACUCGAAUUUAUUGUUAGUUGAAUUUAGUUUUGUCGCGCUUUUAAUUAAUAUUAUUUAUAAUUUCCUCUUGUUUGUGUAAAUACCUAUAAUUUAACUAAUACAACCAACUAAUAUGACGCCCAAUAAAUGAAAUUGUCGUAUCUAUAUAUACUUA